GUGGAGCUGGUGGUCGUGACCAAGAAGACGAAAGCGGAGUGGCUCGCGCAGGCCGUGCGUCUGGAGAAAAAACACAACACCCUGGUGCUGGCGGUCGACGGCGGCGGCGUGCACGGGUACAUCCUGUUUCGGCGCAACGGCACCGAGGGACACAUCGACCGCAUCGCCGUGGCCGAGUCCCAGCGGCGGCGCGGCUUGGGUCGGCGCCUGCUGCAGCUCGCCAUCGCGACCCUGCGGACGAAUCGGUGCGUCGCGGCCAUGCUGCUGCUGGAGGCGGACACGGCCAACGUGGGCGCCAUCGCGCUGUACGAGUCGCAGGGCUUCGCGCGCACCGCCAUCCGAGCCGACUACUACAAGCCCGGCCGCGACGCGCUGCUCAUGGAGCUCAAGCUG